CCGCCGUUCCGACUUUGCGAGUGCUAUGAUCCCAAAGGAUCCGCCCUUCAUCAUGUCUCCAACCCUCCUCACCUCCCGCAUUCUCUUUCACCGCUGUCCUAAUGGCAUCCUCUCCUAACUGUGAGCCGAGCGUUGCUCAAUCCGUACGACGCCCCAUCCGCAUCGGGGGCGCCAGUGGCGGAUUUACGGACCGUGUAGCUGCUAUUUCACGACUUGCGUCUGAUCCAUCCGUCGACGCCAUUGUCGGAGAUUGGCUGUCUGAAAACGUAAUGACAGGCUACGGAGCCGGGAAAGCUAAACACCUACAACACGAACGCGAACGUGGAUCGCCGUUUUCAUUUGAAGAGAAAGUACAGAGUGCGAAUUUCGCGGGUACUUUUUUGCAAUGCUUUGAGCCUGCUAUUGCAGACCUUAAACGGAAUGAAGCAAAAUUGGUAGUGAAUGCAGGGGCGAAUGAUACGGAAUUACUUGCUGAGGUGGUGCGGAAGAUGUGUUUAGAACGGGAUUCCUGGGAGGCGAAAGUAGCGUGGGUUGAGGGCGAUGAGGUUACAGGACAGUUUAUGGAGCUGGUGAAGAAGGGACAGGAAUUUCUGAACUUGUGCGAUGGGAGGACGUUAGAGGAGUGGGGGUUUGAGCCUAUUUGCGCACAGGCAUAUCUGGGGAGUUUAGGGAUUACAGAGGCAUUGAGGCAAGGGGCGGAUAUCGUGAUUUGUGGGAGAGUAAGUGAUGCGGCGCCGACGAUUGGUUUGAGUGCUUGGUGGCAUGGUUGGAGGGCUGAUAUGUGGGAUCGGCUUGCUGGGGCGUUGGUGGCAGGGCAUUUGAUUGAGUGUAGUGCAUUUAUUACGGGUGGGUAUUACAGUAGGUUUAAAGAUCUUAUGAGAGAGAAGAAGCAUCUUAAUCUAGGGUUUCCGAUUGCGGAGGUGGAAGACACGGGAGAAUGUGUUAUUACGAAGGAGAAGGAUACAGGAGGCAUUGUCAACACCGAAACCGUGACUUCCCAGCUCGUCUACGAAAUCUCAGGUCCAUUAUACUUUAACUCCGACGUCGUUGCCAAUCUCGAGGACGUUUGCGCUGAACAACUCUCUCCUGAUCGUGUACGAGUCUCUGGUAUCACUGGCACACCGCCACCUCCUACGACUCGUGUGGGCAUAACCGCUCACGGAGGCUUCCAAGCAGAAUGGCAUUUCUAUCUUGUAGGCCUCGAUAUGGAAGAGAAGGUUCAGUGGAUGGAGGAGCAGGCUCGAUAUGCGAUUGGGGAGGACCUGAUUAAGCAAUUUACGUUGUUGAAGUUUCAGCUCAGCGGAUACACGGGCUUAAGUAAUGAAGCCAGUCAGGAUCGGAGUACCGCGGAUUUUAGGAUUUUUGCGCAGGCAAAAAGGAAGGAGUUGUUUGAUGGGAGUAAACCAGACGGGUUUGCGAGGAGGCUCUAUGAGACGGUUUUGCAGAGCUGUCCGGGCGUCUCACGAAGCAACGACCUCAGGCAAUCCCUCCCGAAACCAUACUUCGAAUACUUCGUUACCUUAAUCCCCCAAUCAGUUUGCACCCACCGCACCCACUUCUUCUUCUCCAACCUUCCCCCAAUACCCAUCCCUUCUCCCCCAACCACCCGCAUCUACCCACCCCAAACCUCCUACGAGACUGCCUCCCCCACCCCCCUCCUCUCCUUCGGCCUUACAACUCUCGCCCCCCUCGGCUCCAUCACGCUCGCCCGUUCCGGUGACAAAGCCUCCGACGCCAACGUCGGGUUUUUCGUCCGCCAUCCCGACGAAUGGGAUUGGCUGCGAUCCUUCCUAACGGUUGAGAAGCUGAAGGAGUUGUUAGGGAGUGAUUGGAGUGGGGGAAGGAUUGAUAGGUUUGAGAUGCGGGGACUGAGGGUGGUCCAUUUUUUGCUCAAGAAUCAUUUGGAUCGGGGAUAUAAUUCUACGGGCGGGUUGGAUACGUUGGCGAAGAAUUUGGGGGAAUUUUUGAGGGGAAGGAGUGUGGACGUGCCGGUGAGGUUUUUGGAGAGGGGUUGGGUUUAGGGCAGUGUUAGGCAAAUGGAC